ACAGAUUAUCGAGAUUUUUAAACUUCAAAGACCUAAUUACAGAUGGCCUGCGGUUGAAUCUAAUCUACUAAUUAAAUAAAGAGCCCAUUGGUUCCCCUUGGUUUACAUGGGAAUGAUGAUUUUCAAAAAUUCAUCUUUAGAAGAAAGGGAAAUUGGUAAAAUUUGGAAGCAUUGGAAAUGAAGUCAAGUUACAUUUUCAUCAAUAUUAUAAGUAUUUUCUUCGCAGGUUAUGUAAAUAAAAAUUCAAAUGUAAAGAGGAAGCAGGGAGCUAAGGUUGCCAAACUUUUGGAGGGGAGUGUAUUUGCCAGAAAGACGAGAGGAUUAGCCUACCACAAGUUUCAAAUCGUGUGUCUAAAAAGGAUUUGACAGCAUUCUUUAAUAAGCUAAUAAAAUGUUCAUUUCUCAAAAACAAAUUAACUUUUAUACAUGUUAUAAUGAUUCACAAGUUCAUCUAAAAUGUUUUCAUUUCUCAAAACGUUCAUGAUUCUCGUCAUUAAUGAUAAAAUGAGCGGAACGGUGAUAGAAAAUGGAAUGUUUUCAAAGUUUUUAUUUUCAAUUCAAAGAAAGCACAACAAAUAAGUUUUUCAGCAUUAGUUGUUCUUUAUUUGUUGCAAGGCAUUGAAAUUUAAGAGAGAUGUUUAAUGUUAGAGCCUUCAGAGCACAGUGGAUAUUUUGUUAUUUCAAUUUUUUGUUUUUUUAAAUAUCAGCCUAUGUUUCAUUCCAUUAAUACAAUACUAUUUGUCAUCUGUCACUUCUAUCGUCAGUACCAAUUGAGAGUAUUCGUGCAGCCAUUACGACUUUUAUUGUGCGCCAUGAUUAAUAAGUAUCAUAUCUUCAAAAAUAUUUGCUUUUGAAUAUACUAGUAUUCAGAAACUAACUGUAAGUUCAUGAGGUCAUUAUGAACUCCUCUAUUACAAAAUGAAAUGGCAGAUAAAAUUCUUUUGAUUUGGAUUCUUUUCAAAAAUCAUCUAAAAGUGUGGGAAUAGCAUGCCAGAAUUUGACAUAUUUUUGAAUGAUGAAUUGGGAAUGACGAUUUUUCAAUGGUAUCUCGUUAAAAAUAUGUUCCUUAGAGAUAUGUUGUAAUUUGCCCUUACAAAAGUUGUCUCAAUGUAUUACCCUUGAUUUGGAUUUCAUUGAACAAUUAAACAAUUGUUAUAUAAAAUGUAUGAUUUUGCUACCAGAUUUCAAUAUCUUUCAGUAAAAGAUUCACCAAAAACUAUUUCAAUAUAGAAAAUCAAAUUGUUGCCAAACUUUUGGAGGGGUGUAAAUUGUAUGUAUGACAGAUACAAAAAAUACUUUUUAUGUGAGGUACACUGAUGAAGGGGGAGAUUUGUGGAUACAUAAAAAAUCGAACCCCUGGUCACCAAUUGCUGGCUACGCCACUGGUGUAGACGCACCAAUAUUCUUGCAUAGUAAAAGCAUUCAUUAUUCCAUAGUUAGCAUGAUAUUCAUAGGAUAACAUGUGAAAAUAAAAACCGUAUUUUUGUAAUCAGUGUUAAAUAUGAUAUUUUUGACAAAUUUUCACUUAACCAUAACAUACGGUUUUUUAGCGAUGACAUACGACGUCGUAUGCGAUAUGGCUACGCUCGCUCGUGCAGAUAUCAUAUCCAUUCGUGCAUAAAAAUCAUAUCACUCAUAAAUCAUAGGAUAUCCUCUAUAUAUACAGUUAGCAAGUGUAACACAGGCCUUGAGUUUAUUGAUUUUCUCCCUAUAUCAUGACAUGUAUAAGACGCAGAACAGAUAAACGUGAUUCAUAAAUGCAAACGUAUUUAUAUGAGUAAACAGUGAGUGAAAUACUAAGGAAAUGAAGCAAUGCCAAUAUUGCUUUCUAUACCAAUGAAUGCUACAUGCAUGUAGAUUAUAUUGAAUAUAAUAUUAAUUUGCGUUUGAAUACAACGCUAACCAUACUUGACAAUCAUAAACAAAUAUAGCAAAAAUAAUGUACAUGCAAAAUUGAUAUGUUCAGCAACACAGAGUAUGGGCACCAAUGAAUCAAAGUCUAGAGAUGGAUCCAAAAGCUCUACAAAAGUCAUCUUAAUGCUUUUGAUACUAGUUAUCACAUGUAUCAUGUGGAUUGUUAGUAAAAAAAUAUGGGGAAGCCAAAAAUUAAUUUUGCAGCAAUUCAAAAUAACAGCGGACAAGUUGAAGAGCACUGCAGCACCAGUUGAUGGAAAAGAUGCUAUCGAAAUUCAACAAAGAAUUACCAAUGGUACAAUUGCUACAAUGAGUAAUAUUUCAAAUGAGGGACAAGAUAAAAUCGUUGGAAGAGCUUGGGUUUCUGCAUCAAGAAAGGGAAGGUUGGGAAACAACAUGUUUCAAUUUGCGAUUGUUAUCGCAGUGUCGAAACGCAAUAACAUGACUCCUGUUUUCCCGAAGGAAAUUCUAGAUGGGAUAUUUAACAUUGACCGAUCUGGGAUUUUAUUAGAUCAAGAAAUGAAUAACUCUUUUCCGACAAUUUCAGUGGAGGAGAAAAAUAAUUGCAAAUAUGAUAAAAAUAUCAUGAAAAUAUUUCCUGAAAAUACCAACAUUAAGCUGUGUUGUUAUUUUCAGUCGUGGAAAUACCAGAUUGGAAUCCAUGAAGAGCUGAAACGGCACUUUACAUUUAAAUCAUUAAUUGAUAAUAUAGCUGAAAGUUUCAUCGAACAAGUCCAUAGAGAUUACAAUAGGAACAUGGGAACAGGACCUCGGAAUAAACAACUCACAUUGGUUGGAAUACAUAUACGGAGGACUGAUAUGGCACACGCUCAAAAACAUAACCCAAACGCUGGAUUUGUGGUUGCACCGAAACAAUAUUUUGAGAAUGCGAUGAAAUAUUUCAAAAGCAAACUUAAGCAAGUUCAUUUCGUAGUAUGCACUGAUGAUAUAAAGUGGGCACAAAAUAAUAUUCCAUCCCCAAAUAUUACGUUUUCCACUGGUCAUUCACCUGGGGUGGAUCUCGCAAUAUUGUCACACUGCGAUCACGUGAUAAUGUCAGUUGGGUCAUUUUCUUGGUGGGCCGCAUGGUUAUCUGGUGGAGAAGUUGUCUAUUAUGACGGGUGGCCAAAGCCUAACAGUUCAUUUGCUAAAGGAUUUGAGCAUAGUGAUUAUUUUCCUCUACAUUGGAAACCAAUGUUUUGAAAAUUCUAUGUCACAUUCAUGGGCGUAGCGCUAUAUUUCUAAGUAGUACGCCACCACGGAAAAAGAGCUGAGCAAAGCAAAAACGAGUGUUUAGGGGGGACUUGGGGGGGGGGGGGUUCUCCCCCAGUAAAAUUUUUAAAUUUGCUUGUAUUUGGAGUGAAUUUGCAACCAUCUGGUACGCUCUAAGAUAAGCACUCUGAGAUUCAAAUUGGUUCCCAAUUAAAUGAAUUUGAUCUUUUAGAAUUAAUUAUGGAUUUAAUUUAUGUAUGUCUGUUAUUAUUCUUAUUCUUGAUGUAUGAUACAUUAAUAAAACAUUAGUGUCCUAUUUGCUCAAUAUGUUGACAUAAAUAUGUUGACACAAAUUACUGUACACAUUAGAGCAUGAAUU